CCACCGAGCCAUGCCGUCUUGUCACUUUGGCUCAAUUGGUUAGCGCCUAGACCAUCCUCAGCACACCAGAAGCGAUCGUCCUCUGCCAGCCUAAGCACAGGGGCCCCAUAAUACCAAGGGGGCGUUGAACUGACUCUGGCGCUGAUUUGAUCAGCUUCGUAGCCUGAUUCUGCUCGAUGGCUGUUUAGCGCAAAGUGCUAACGCCCCAUUGACUCCAUUUGCUGCUGCUAAAAACGAACACACGCUCCAAGGUGACUCGUUUGGUUCGCAAGCCUGCUGGAGAAACGAUGAGAAGCUGCACUGUGCCUAGACCCGUCACGCAAGCCACAAUAAUGCCCAGUCUGCGCCCGAGAGCCAGCCAUCCGCAUCCCAAACGGUUCCUGCACGCACGCAAGCACGCACGGCUGGAUUCUUGUGCAAGAGACAAAUAAGCAAAACACCAAUCGUCAAUGCAUUGGAACGAAAUGCUUCAUCUUUCCCAUCUUGCAAGUGGCGUUGCAAGCGGCUGACGACGAGUAACCACGGCUCAGAACGGCACGGUACGGUGAUACAUGAUCUCUAACCAUGUAUCACCCACUGCUACCCACGGCGCGUCAACGUGCCUUGUCUUAGUUGGCACCCUGCUGCUGCAAAUUUUCUCAACCGUUGACACGACAUGAAGCGGCUGGCAAAAGAAAGUUUUUUCUUUUCGUCGGACCACUAUUUAGUUUCCAUGCUGUCAAAUCGAAUACUAACUGCGGAAGCUUAGACCGCUCGCAACUCCCAGCCGGAACUCUAUUUCAUCGAAAUAGCGCAUUGGCCAACGUUCGUGGUCAUCAGAUUCCAACAACCAAACAUGAAAAGUUUGCUGACGCAGCGGCUGUGGUAAACCCAAACCCACGGCCAAGUAUCGCUUAAGGCGCCCUAGCUUGGACGAAACCUGGCUGCUCAUGCAGGCCAAUGGAGCAAUAGUGAGUAUAGGUAUGGUCCAGAUGGGACGUCCCACGAAUCACAGCCAAGCAGUCUCAGACUUGGGUGCCCAGUUUGCAUGCACAGCGCCGGAAGCAGCCUAUCACCGAUACACGAGACCUAUGUUGGGCCUUUGAACUUUUCGAUUCUUCUCUAUCCCCUGUACUUUGUAUCGGCAACAAUUUUUUCUAAAUUGUAUAGCGCAAAGCGCGUACAGGUUUCAUGUCACCCGCCCAGAGGCGUGGUCAGAAGCCGAGCCGUGGCGCGGCAAACUACUACACGGUAUGCCAGCCAGAACAAAGAGGUAGCAAAUUUGCGUUCCAGGAUAAUAAACAAAAAGUGUGCGCAUAGCGAAUCGCAAUAUAUAGGAUCGAUGUUCCUAUUCUUGCUGUUACUAUUGUCAAAGAUGACGCAAAGCUAUGUCCGAUGGUACGCAUGGCGAUGCUGCAAGCCGCUGGACCCUUCGUUUGUUCGGGUUUACCAGGGCCCACGCUGUUGCAAGUAAAUUUUCUCGAAAAAGGCCACUCGCAGCGCCGUAUGCAGCACCAGUUACUUCAUGCUGACAUUAGAAGGCGCAUGUGGGAACGGGUAUUGGGCAUGAUGGAAAGAAAUUUUCUUCGACAGCUUUCUUAGCGUGGAAAAUCAGCAUCUUGGACCUACACCGCAACAUGAAGGGUAUAUCGCGUGGAGUCAAUCCAUCAGUGUGGAAUUUGGUACGUGAGACGCAGGGCAUUAAGUGGCGAAUAGCGACAACUCUCAGACGAGGACCGGUAGUUGGCAAGCAUCGUGAGACACAGGCUGUGUUUAAUUUCCCAGGCUGAGCAGAUGCUUCGAUUUGUUCUGGACUGAUCAUGCACCAACCAGCAUACGGAUUUGGCUGCAAGGAUGCUUCCGCCAACACAAAGGAGAUCAGCGUCGCUCAUUGGGGCCAGAGAUACCCCGAACCUCCGGCAGCCCACCCUCCAGCUGCACCAAGGGGAGCACAAGCACGGACUCCCAAUAUGCGCAAAAUAGAACAGCCACUGCCUAGUAUCCGAGAUCUUAGUACUCGUGCUCUUAUGCUGUUUGUGUUUUGUUGGUACCGGUUCUUUAUCUCGCCGUUGUGCGGCAGUUGAAGCAUAGCAUAUGCUUCCUCGGCACCGAACUAGACGCCCGUUUAUACUUGCAAUACUCCCUAAUCUGAGCUUUUGUAGCGCUCAUGAAACCAGUUUCUGGUUCGAGACGAUCGAAGGAAACCUGUCGGCUAACAGUGUAGGCUCAUAAGAUCAGAGCCGGUCUGCUAAUCUCCCCCAGACUGUCAGACCCCUGUCCCUUACCCAGGGCCAGCGCUCGUGCUGUGCAACACACUAUGAAGAGCCAUUAGCAUCCAAGUAACCAGUUACAUUAUUGGAAUUGGCUCUUCGGUUGCUAUCAACGCUAAUAGCAUGUGAUGAAGACUUUCCAUCUCAGGAUGCAUCUAGAAGGGCGGCAUCCGCCGCUAGUUUACCACUAUUGGACCAGGCGCCGUGCCGAGUCGCUUUUUGUUGGGACCCUUACUUGGGUUGAAACGGCGCGGACAGCAAGCCACAGCAGCCUAUGUCAUAAAGGAGUCCUUUUAACAGAAUCACCUAGUGUGAGUGCGAGUUGGCUCAGCAGGUAUUUUGCCACUGUGCAGCUAGCAAGCCCGCUAGCCUUGCGUCCUUCUAGGGGGCUUGCCAUGACCAAUGGUUGACGCCACGAUUGGAUACCCCAGACUCGCUACGAAGCCUAUUUUCCCGCGAGCGAGCGUUUGCUCCUUGGUGAAAAUUGCCACUCGUGCGAUUCUAUUCCCAGGCUUGGGCGACGGCGUGCUAGUUUACCUCGCUCGUCAUUUCUCAGCAGCCGUCUUACCACCACGGCCUUUGUCUACUUGGCCAUCUGACGGAUUAUCCGGCAAUGGGUGUAGAAACACGUCCCGGGGUAAAACAGCGACAGCGGCGACUACGGCCCCACAGGCCUCCAUCCUUCGGUGCUCAUUGAACGGAAUGAACCAAUCCCCGGAUACCCAAUCUAUUUGGCAGCGGUCUGCUUGCCGUGGGUGGUGGCGACUUGCUGGACAGAAAAGCGUGGUAUGAUGUUAUCUCGGCGUGAGCCCACUGGCGUAUUUCAUACUGUGCUGUGCUGUGAUGGACUGGUGCAGAGUGUGCGCCACGAGGAAAUAUCCAUUCGCGGAUCUAAUGAAUUGGACAUGGCUUAGCGGGCUCGUGACACUCUCCUGUGGCGGCGUGCGCCAGAGUUCAUCCUUCAUCCUAUAGCCGUUUAACGGCUACUCAUACGUGGGGGUUGCGCUCGUCUUUAUUGAUCAAGGCUAAUAUACGGCUUCAUAACCUGUGCGCGAUGCUGUAUCGGACAUGACAAUAUUUGGACUGCUUGUAUUCAAUUUAGCCGCUUACAAAGAGUCUAUUCGCUGCUCCACGAUCUCUACUGAUUGAUCUUGGUGCUUGCUGUUUCGCCGGCGCAGCCCAUCUUACGAUGCGAUUAGUCCUGUGAUAUUUCUCGCCACAGUCCACUCUUGGAGCGAUACCUAAGUCAAACAUGGCUUCUAGAAAUUAAUUAUUGCCACCGCUAGCCAAACAAAACAAUUCUCUGCUCCCAAACGGCCAAACACCUUUUUACGCGCCGUGGUGGAUGCCGGCGCUAUCUGAAACCGAUCCAUGUAGGAGUCCCAGAAGUCUUUACCAUAUACUCAAACACGUCAUGAUUAUGAAAAGGGCGAGCUGAAGCCACUUCGCGUGGCCGCUCCCGUGCCGUGUCUGCGCCGCAAGCAGUUUGACGCUUUGGGUUCGUCUGCACGCUUGGUUCCCCUGUCCAUCCUUCCUGUUCCAAGAACCUGUUUUCUAUCGCCCUAAAAAGAAGACCUCAAAGAAUGAAGAAGUAGAAGUGGCAGCUUACCAAAAGAGCUUUCUCCUACUCUCAGCUCGGGCAACGACAAUGUGAAUAUCGUCUCUGACAUCCAAUACCGGCCAGACUAUCCGACUAAGACAACCACCGCUACCAUGUUGCUACGAACCAUUACUCAACUAGGCUUGAUAUUGAUGAUCGCCCUCAGGGUCCAAUGUACCCCAGCAAACCCAAACCCAGAAGUCGUCACAGUCACCGUCGAAGCGCCCAUUCCCACCGGGGAACCUUCAUACAGCAACAUCCCGCUCUUCACGGCUGCCAUUCUCAACAGCACCAACACCUACCGCUCACAGCACAACGCAUCAUCCGUAAUAUGGAACAAUACCCUUGCUCUCUACGCGUCAGAGUACCUCACCAAGGUCCAGUGCGUGUUUGAGCACUCUGGCGGACCAUACGGCGAGAACAUUGCCAUCGGGUACGGGACAGCCACGCGGGCCGUGGAAGCAUGGGGCGACGAGCGUGUUGAUUAUGAUUUUGAUAAGGGUGAAUUUACAGAAAAGACGGGCCAUUUUACGCAGUUGGUGUGGAAGGAUACGACGGAUGUUGGGUGCGGAAGGGCUCUGUGUGGUCAUAAAGGGUGGUUUUUGGCCUGUGAGUAUUGGCCGAGAGGGAAUGUGAUAGGGUAUUUUAUAGGGGAGGUUGACAAGUAUACUGGGAAGGGAUAUGAUCCGUCAGAUGGACCGUCUGAUGGAGGUGAUGAAAGGAGAGGACAGAUUGGUGGUGGUGGUCAAGGAGAGGUUUUGGGACCGACGGCAAGUGCGGUGAAUAAGCCUGGGUUGAUAUUUCUGGGGGUUGUUAUUGUAUGUAUAGCAGGUUUGGGGACAAUUUCGUGAUAUUGUAUUGGAUGAAUAUAUAGUGUAUAAAAGAUGAUGCAGACGGAAAUAUUUCACUCGAUCUAGGUUCCCGUGGUAUAACUGUCUCUACCAAACUCGUCAUUGGGAGCUCGAUAGCUGCAUUUGCAAUUUCAGCUAGUAUUUAUUCAAUCAUGUGUUGCCUUGUGGAUCGAGAUUGUCUUAGCUUGAUCAACUCCGGCACUGCUGGCCCUUCUGAUGUAUCGUCCUCAGCAUGUUUCUGUUCGUUAUUGGAGCUUACCCCUAUCUGCGGCCUUCUGGAUCGUCCCUGAGUCAUUUCUAUAAUAAGAUCUCGAGUAUUAUUCGAGUGGGGAUCAGAGUGAUAGAAAGGAGAAUGGCCGAGACCAUAACUCGAAACGGGGAUCUUCGGCAUCAGGGAGAAUAACCUAAGCACUUCAUCGGCUUCGGAGGCUGUGAGUGCGCCAGGAAGGCUUGAGUAGUCUGAGUCGCUUUCUGAAACGGCGUUCUGGGUGUCAUCGUAUUGUUUCUGAUAAUCCAGUAGUUUGCUGGGGUCGAUUUGUUUUGGUAUAGACAUGACAAAAAUCUUGUCGUUUUCCAAUUUCAACAAACGAACUUGGGACCAGAAUCUGCCAUUUUCCACGAAUGCGACAAGCAUAGCAGCCAUCUCUGCAUGUUUAAAGCUCGGAUAUGUUGCAGCUAAACAAUAUUUGCCUUCGUUCUGGGAAAUGGUGUUCAUUUUCAAGAAACCGUCUACUCGCUCUAGACACGCUCCGAGACGGUUGACGAGCGACGGCUUCUCUAUACUUUCAAUGGUGACGUAGUAUUGCUCAGAAUGAUCAUCUGUCUCCUCUUGAAUAGUAUU